UUGUUAGCGUCGAAUGCGCUUGAUAUUAGAUUUCUUUGGUGAUUGGCUUGAAUGGGUAGGUAGAAUUUUGAUGAUCUAGAAUCAACUUCUUAUGCUUUUUUUCUAUAUCUUUCUCCUGUAUUCGGGUUCCUUUGAUGGGUUCUUCCAGAGUUCAAAAAAGGUAGCUUUUGGCUACAUCCAGAUUCAGUUGUAUUGACAAAUGGCGGCUUGAUUAGAAACCCAAAAUAAGUCUUGAUUUGUUUGCAUUUGUGUCUCAGAUUUUGAUUGCUUUAACUGUUAGUGUAUAAGAAGGAAUUGCCUGCAUGGUUCUGGUCAUUAACCGAUUGAAACUGGCAGUUGGGAGUUUUGUCAGUCUUGGUUUGGUUUUUUUAACAGUUAAAUUGCUUUUAUGAAAUGCACAGUUUUUAUUUUCCUAUGACUUUCCAGAUUUUCCCAAUCUUUCUUGUCAUCCUGCUGGGCUAGUAAUGUAGUUGGUUCGUCUCUUUGAGUGCAGCUGAGGAGUUAGACAUAAAAGCUACUUCCUUUCUUCAACGUUGUUUUUCUCUUGAAUACUGUUCUUUAAGUGAUGCACAAACUAUGAUGGGACUAUUGAGAAGCAAUAUAUUACUCACUAAGAUGGGCAAAUAAGGUUGAUGGAUGUUGAAAUUUUUUGGGAAUAGGUACUAGACUUGUUUGUUGAUUGAGAUAAAAUACCACAGAAAUUUGGAAUAGAUAUGGCUCCCGGGGGAAGCACCUGCAAAGAAGUUCUGGAAACUCAUUCCAGAGUCUCAGAUUAUGAUAUUUCCACAGCAAAAGCUGAGACUAAUGGUGCCCCAACAAAAUCACCGGUUGGUUUGGGUGGAAAAUGUGGAGUGUAUUCAGAUAAUGGUGUGCAUGAGCUCCUGGAGUGUCCAGUCUGCUCAGAUUUGAUGUACCCUCCGAUUCACCAGUGUCCCAAUGGUCACACCUUAUGUUCAAACUGCAAGAUCAGAGUCCGAAACUGUUGCCCAACUUGCCGCUAUGAUCUUGGCAAUAUAAGGUGUUUGGCUUUGGAGAAAGUUGCGGAAUCAUUGGAACUUCCCUGCAGAUACCAGACUUUAGGUUGUCAUGAUAUCUUCCCCUACUAUGGCAAGCUGAAGCAUGAGCAACACUGUCAUUUCCGUCCAUACAGUUGUCCUUAUGCUGGGUCUGAGUGCUCCAUCACUGGUGACAUUCUAGCUCUUGUUGCGCAUCUUAAGGAUGAUCACAAGGUCGACAUGCAUGAUGGGUGUACCUUCAACCAUCGCUAUGUCAAAUCAAAUCCUAAUGAAGUUGAAAAUGCGACUUGGAUGCUAACCGUGUUCAAUUGUUUUGGUAGACAGUUCUGCUUGCAUUUUGAAGCUUUCCAGAUCGGCACAGCUCCAGUCUAUAUGGCAUUCCUACGCUUUAUGGGUGAUGAUAACGAGGCGAAGAAAUUUAGCUAUACUUUGGAAGUUGGUGGGAAUGGCCGUAAACUAAUAUGGCAAGGAAUUCCCAGGAGCAUCCGCGACAGUCACAGGAAAGUUCGCGAUAGCCAAGAUGGACUUAUAAUUCAGAGAAAUUUAGCUCUCUAUUUUUCUGGCGGGGACCGACAGGAGCUGAAGUUGAGGGUUACAGGACGUAUAUGGAAAGAAGAAUGAGCUGUGAAAAUAAGGAAUAUGCCAAUGUGUUUGGCAGUUCAUCACGAUGUGUACGAGAAACUCACCGGAGGUUCUCCUGGUGACGGUAAAAUGGGGUUGCUGAACUUUCAGGUUGAAGGAUAGUGCAGGACUUGAAAUGUGUUCAACGGGGUUGCUCAUAAAUCAAUGCAGCAAAGUUGAUCAUCUGCCAUCUUUCUGAACCUUGUGCUUUUUUUGCUGCUCGUAUGUAUCAUAUACCGUGUAUUUAAGUGAUUUAACAGGCUAUAACAUUUGAAACUUGUGAUAAUGUCGAGUUUGGGUAGGGCUACAUGAAUCUAUAUGAGAAAUUCGUGAGAA